CUGGAUUUUAAAAAAAAAAGUGAUUACGGCGGAUGUUGGAUUUUUUUAUUUUAUUGUACAAUACAGAAGAGCUGGCCUUUUAAAAUGCUUCUUACUCUACUUUAUAUCCAUCGUUUUAUCCUAUUUACCACUUUUUUUGUGAGAAAAAAUGACCAUGGGUAAGAUUCUUUCGAAAAUUUGUACACCAAAUGGUGAAGAAAUCACUCUGGAUGAUGCGACCCAGGUCAAGUCAAGCAGAGAGUUCCAUGUCCAUACCGAUGAUACUGUGACUUACUGGUUGCCAAAGGAUGAUGAAGAAUUAAAUCGGGUGAUGGGGCAACAUUUUGCUAUCAAGGAUUUAUAUGAAGGAAAUAUUUUAAAAAGUGUAGAAAAAAGCCUCGAUUUUGAGAAGGGUAUUGCCAUUCUUGAUCUUGGAUGUGGUCCCGGAUCAUGGAUCUUGGACAUGAUCACCGACUAUCCUAAUUGUACCUAUGAAGGCUGUGACAUUGUGGACUCAACCAACAAAAACAUUACACCAAAGCAGUUCAACUGGAAGUAUGGUAAUUUCUUGGAACGUAUUGAUUACCCGGAUAAUACCUUUGAUUUCAUUCAUAUGCGUUUACUCCUUUUAUCUGUACGUGAGGUCGAUUGGCCAAUCGUGCUCAAAGAAGCCCUGAGAGUUUUAAAACCUGGUGGAUUCAUCCAAUGGAAAGAAUUUGAUUUAAAGAUGACUGGUGAUGGUAAUGAAGCUAUCGAAAAGUUCAUGAACGGAAUUCACUUUGCCAUGAGAUCUAGAGGUCAGGAUCCCCGUAUUGCUCUUCAAUCUGAACGUUUGCUUACAGAAACUAACGCUGUAAAGAUCAUUGAAAAAGACUACCGAUCCAUUGAUAUGACCUCGAACACAAAUGCUGCCAAAAAAUUCCUAUGGGAUUGGAAAGAGACAUGCAAGAGCAUGUUGCCUGUCCUUGGUCCUGCCAUAGGUAUCGAGGAUAAAGUGUCACAAGAAGCCUUCCUUAAAGAUAUUAUGGAUGGUUUGGUGACAUGUGAAUCUUAUACUUACAUGAAUGCCGUGGCUGCUCAAAAGCUCUAAUGUUGGAAAAUAGUGGGAUGAUUACUAUCACGUCGAAUAAAUAAAAUAAAAAAUUUAUGCGGUUUUCCUUGUAUUACCAAAGAUAA